CCAUCUUACCUCUGGACAGGAGAGGCCCAGAGCGGUGGCCCCGAGCAGUCGUCACCACCAUCUCUACCGGCUCCUGACGUGAAGAAGUUCCAGCAGAGCGUGGCAGAUCUCAGUGUCCAGAUCAAGGACAAGGAGAACCAGAGAGUAUCCCACACACUUUCUUCCUGUCUCCUGUCCACGCACUUUAAUUCUUUUUUCCUUUAUAUCAACAUUAGGUGUAGGACAUUAUAUAGUCAUGAACAUUAUUGUUCGUAUGGACACCCCAGAGAGUGUAGUAUGUAUAAUACUAGAUACCUUUUCCCCACAUGUAGUGUAUACUGCGUACAUACAGUUGUGUAUAUGACACAGAGCCAUGUAUGUACAUAAUGUAUAUACCUAUCAGUCCCAAGAUCGAUGCUUAAGAGAGUAUUGUGGUAUUGCAAAAAAAAAUUUGCCGCAAAGAGUAUUCUUGUGGGGUAUUCGUAACAUUGUCUCUUUUUCUUUUGUGGGAAUACUUCAUUCUUUACACUUUCUGUUAAAAACGUAUGUACAAUGACACAAUCUGUUGCGUGAGAAGGGAAAGGCCUUAACUCUUGGCCCCUAGAAGAGGCUGACAACUGGAGGUCAAAACGUGGUUCAGCUGAAUGGAGAGCUGACCAGAGUGACUAGUGAGCUGGCCGAGAUUGGACACCUCAAGUCAUCCACUACUGCCGAGGUUCGUGGAGUAGAGGAGCAGAUAAAGCAACUCGGGCCUGAGAACAGCAGCAAGAAAGAGGAGGCCAACAAGGUACUGGUGGGGCUGAGAUACAAGACCCCCGAGAGGAUCGAAGAAGCUCUGAGAAAGUUGCGACAGCAGCAGAUGAGCAGACAGUUCUCUGAGAAUGAGGAGAAGAGGCUCCAGUCAGAGAUUGACACAUUGGAGAACUCCAAGGACGAACUGAGGGAGUUCUUGAAGACCAAGGCAGAGAUAGAAGAAAUGAUUCAGAAACUAGGGCAGCUCCGGGAGAGAAGAAAUUCGCUGUAUCGGAGGAGCAGAGAAUUGAGGACGAGGGAGGGAGAGGCCAAGGACAGACAGUCUCAGUUGAGAAGACAACUGGCCGAGGCCAGAGACAAGAAGAAAGGCUUACAGAAACAACAAGACACUCUCACUGAAGAGAUUGAUGGGCUGUACAAGGCGAGGCAGAGACUGAGAGACGACUUCAAGAAGUACCAGUCGGAGUACCUGACUGCCAACAGCAGGCAGGAGACGGAGGAGAGGGAGAGGGAGAGCGUGCGGAGGGGGGAGGAGAGGAAGGAACGAAGGAAAAGACAAGUGUUGGAGGCGGAGAUGAGGAGAGAGAUGGAGUACGACGAGGAGAAAACAGUGUGCCGGACUCUCAUAUCUCACCUGGAGAAGAUGGUGGAGCACACUGCCACUAAUGGAGGUCCUGGUCUUGACCCACAACGUUCCUUCUCCUCACCACCUGCCUACCACACUGCCUCUGGUGUAGGGAGAGAUGGAGGAGGGUUUGAGGAGCCAGGGGAGUUCCUGCCUCGCAAGACAGAGGACGUGGGGGGCUAUCUGGUCCCCUCCUCCUCACGAAGAAAGAGCAAAAGAGACAGAAAGAAAAAUACCCUCUCUGGCAAGGCCCAGCGCCGACUGCAGUAUGAUGCAGUGGUGUUCUCCCAGUUUCAGUUCCUGUCAGUAGCUCCUCCCACCAACCUCUCCACUGUACCACAAGUCCUCCAGACUCUCAAAGAGAAACUCGCAUUCUAUGAGCACAAGACAAGUACUUGUUCCGAGGCCGGAGACUCCGGUAUCAGCAGCCAGGCCCUUGCAGAGCUGGCCGAACAAGACCUCAACAGUCAAGAAGAGUUUGACCACACCUCCCCGAACCGUCAUCCCCACAAGCCCCUCCCACUGACCUCUGCUGACCUCUCCCCGCCCCAGAAUAACGGAGGGCCGGUCCCUGUCUCUCCCUCCUCGCCCCCGCUCACACCUCGUGCUUCUCCUCCGAGGACAGACGGCGAGGAGAAAGUUCUCCUGCACUCUGUCUCCACGUCCACGACUGCUAGCUCCAAUUCAACCACCACUCUAGUUCAACCUUCAGUCGAAUGAGAGACCGCAAUACAGCACUAUACAGAACUCUCUCUAGACCUAAAUGUUGUAAUUGGCGAGCGGGAGCGAGCUAACCUAGUGGUAUAUACGAACGGCGCGGAAUUUUCCUCAUAAUUAUAUAUUUAUCUACGACCGUACAUCGUCCAAGUGCGCAUGCUCCAGGAUUACGCGCUUCUUUUUAUCCGAAAUCAUUUCAAAAUUUCACAUGCUGCC